UUGGAAUGCACUUGAAGAAAUACGAAUGGGUGGGCUCGCCUGACGUUGGCGAUUGCUCACUGUUGGUGAGAUCAGCAACUUUAGAAUUUGAUGAUGGUUUAUGGCAAUGCCAGGUCACGGCCAGUGAUUUCACUGCACAAGAUGCUUUAGCAUCUGAACCAGCGAGGCUCGUUGUACGAGUGAGCCCUCAGCGACCACAGAUAGAGUACGCCGAUAAACUAAUUCUACCGGGUAGCAACGUGACAGCCCGUGCAGGUGAGACCGCCACGCUCAAGUGCACUGCACGCUAUGGGAAUCCUUCGCCUCUAAUUAAAUGGUAUUUGGGUGAGAAGGAGCAGAGACCAAGUUCUCCUCAGGUCAAUUCAACAGAGAGUGAUAAUCCCCGCACUUGGGCUACAUACAGUGUUUGCAAGAUUUUGGCUGAACGAUCACGUUACGGACAACCAAUACGCUGUGUCGCCAUACAUCCGGCAUAUACAAAUCCAAGCAUGUCGUCCAGUUCGGAGGUGCGAUUUGACGUUCGAUACGCUCCGGAAACUCGUUUGGAAGGAGUUCCAUUUGGUCAACUGGAAGAGGGUCGAGACCAAUUGGAAAUCAGGUGUUUGGCUGAUGCCAAUCCACCUGCUUCAAUACUUUGGAAACGUACGAAAGGGCAAACUUUACCGGAAGUCGCUGGCAUUGGUGAGGCUCUUUCCUUUUCUCCAAUUUAUCGAGAUCACGCCGCUGUUUACAUUUGCGAGGCGUCCAACACUGAAGGCGAAAGCAGUCCAGUCUCAGUUCAAAUAUCCGUCAACUACUCACCAAGAAUCAGUUCAGUUGGUCCUGACAAACGAAAAACAGCUCUACUUUACUCGGCAGCUUCUUUUGAAUGUCAUGCUGAUGCCAUGCCACCUGCGGAAUACAGGUGGGAACAAAUAUUUUCCGAUGGUCGCUUGCCUGUGGCGUGUGGAACUGGUCAUCGUUUGGUUUUAACGAACGUCACCUACGAUCAACAGGGUGAAUACAUUUGUUUAGCCGCCAAUAAGAUAAACGGAAAUGUCAGAGAAGUCCAAAGUGAUUCUGUUUCACUGCAGGUCGUUGGCGCUCCAAAGGUGAUGAAACCAGCGAGUCAGGAGAAGUUCCUUGUGUCGACGACAGAAGGUAGUCCAGCACGUUUGGAAAUCACACUUUGUUCUAAUCCCAGACCACGUCUCGUCGCCUGGGAAUGGGGUAGCACCCGCCUUCACGCUGGUGAAGUUCUAGAACCACGUCAUCGGGCCUUUGAUCUGAAACCGCUGAAUUCAGGCGAUUGUUACUUAGCAAUUCUAGAAUUGAGGACUACCAUUAGAGAAGAUCAAAGAUUAUAUCAUGUGAUUGUGGAAAAUGAUCGAGGAAGUGAUCGUCGAGUUUUAAUGCUGAGAGUAGAUGAACCAGGACAGAUUCCCCUUGUUAUUGGAGCUGUUGCUGGAUUCACUGUUCUCUCAAUAUUGAUAAUGGGUUUCGUUUGUUUUAUACGAUCUGAUAGAUGCUGCGUUCCCAGAAAUACUGUUCCCACUAUGCAACAAGUUCAUUGUACGAAAGCUUCGAAUGCAAUGAUUGAAGAUCCAAGAUUAACAGUAGAAACAAUGGAACGAGCUGCUCAGCAAUAUGUUUCGGAAAAGAGACAAAAUCAUAUCUUAAAGUCUGUUCCAUCUCAAUAUCAUCAAGAUAUUUAUCAACAUGAUCCACAUCAUCAGCAGCCUCAUUAUCAAAGGCAUCAUCAUCAUAGUCAAUCUCAUGGACCUCAAUAUGCCAUCCAGCCACGCAUACCACGGGAUUCCAGAGUAAAAGAUUGACUUAUAAAUACUUUGCAACCCAUAAGACACUCACCAACGUCUGCAUUUCAAGACUCGACAGCCACGUGCAUGCUAUAAAGUCCAAACGGUUGCAGAGAAAAACGAUUAAGAUGGAUAUUGAGAAGACGAACGAAUCUUCACUUGAGAAAAUUGUUCCUAUAAUAUAAAAAAAAAAACAUAGUAGUUUCUCUGCUGGAAAAGAGAGACACUUGAUAAAUAUAUACACGAUUUAUCGCAAGAUUUUCCAAUUAUUGUUUCUUUUUUUUUUUUAUUAAUUCUUAAAAAAAACAUUAAGAUAUUAUUGUUGAUAAUAAAACAUCUUUAUCGUCUUUAAGAUUCAAAAAUCUUUAAGAUUUAAUUAAGUGCAAGUUGAAAAAAAAGAACAGAGUCAGUGCCUAAUUCAUAUAUAAUUGACAUUUAGUAUCAGUUGCAUGAAUAUUUGAAAGUGAACAUAGACAUCGAGAUUUAAAAAAGCAUUUCAUUGUAGAAUCCUACUUAUUAUAGAGUCAAAUAAAAUAUUGUCUCUUUUUCCAUAGAGAUAACAAAAAUUUAAAAAAAAAACUUAUUGGAAAAAAAUCCUACAGUAGUGAAUCAUCUCCGUAACAAAUGCAUUUUACACUGCUACCUGCAACGCAGUAUAGAUUUGAAAAACAAAUUGCACUCCAGCAGAAACGUAAUCUUCGCAGGAAUUUUUUUUUUGAAACUGAGAUGCAAAAAUCUAUUUUAAUAUAUUUCUUAAUUGUUGUUUAUUAUGAUAAACAAAUAAACUUAAAAAAAAAAAGAAAAAAAUUUUGAUCCACAUUUGGUAAUUAAAAAAAACCUGCGGAGUCUUACGGAAAUUAAAAUUUGUAAAUAAGGUAAUUUCCUUUUCAAAAAAAAAUUACGUGUCUGCUGUAUUUUUAAUUGUAGAACGAUUAUCCAAUUUUGUACAUACCUGAUUGUCAUGAAAUUUGUUACGUUUGCACUGCCGUUAAAAAGCACACGAAACCUUCCUCUACACCUUCAUAGUUGUCUAAAAUGCUCCAAAAGAUCUCUCAAAGACAUCUGCGAAUAAAAUAAUUAAAGGACAUCGAAAGUUAAUUAAAGAUAACCGAAACUAAUUAUAUCCUCUGAAAUAAUUAAAAUAGUGAACAUCAAGUAUCAACUAACAAAGAAAAAAAAGCCAGUUUUCUCAAGAAAUUUCUUAAAAUAUCAAUUUUUUAUCUCAAAUAUUCUUUCUUGUUCUUUAUUUCAAAAUUACAUUUUAAUGUAUACUUUUAAUUUUAAUUUAGACGUGAAAGUCUAAUAAAAUUAAAUAUUUCAUUCUAAAAAUAAAAAAUAAUAAUAAAUGAUAAACUUUAUAAACAAAAUUUUGAAAAAUUGAAUUUUAAAUAUUUAUUCAGGAUGUUUUUGAGAUGUCAUAAGUCCUAGAAUGAAAAGAACGUUAGUUUAGAUAUAAUAAUAACUAUCAUGUUAAAAAAAAAUUGUGAGAAUUAUUAGAGAGCAAUUUUACUGGAAAAAAUUGAAUUUCACGUUCAAAACUCUUAUUGUUAGUGAUAAUAAUUGUGCAGGGGGAGCAGCUGUUUCUAAAACCUGAACGUUUAGCGACGCUGAAGCCUCAUUGCAAGAUCGACAAGCCACCACAAUAUACCACGUUUAAACCAAGCUCACGCGAUUGAAGAUAUCUCUUUUAUAUUAUGGACACAACUAUAAAGCAGAGAGCCAAUUUCAAGUCAAUCUUCCGUUUUUCAUUAAGUGACAAUCCUGAAUAAUAUUUUAUAAAAUAAAAAAAAAAAAGUAGAUUCAAAUAUUUAAAAGAAAACACAAUUUUAUCAAAUUUUACCAAAAAGGAACAUUCUAUUAAUUAAUAUUAUUUAACUUUACUUUUAAAAGCACAAAAGUCAAAAUUUUCAUUUAUAAAAC